GCAGGAAAACGCACUUAGUUGUCACCACGCGCUACGACCAUACGCAGUUGGUUCUUCACCGUUGGUCACGCUGCUCACGACGCACCACCGUUCAACCGGUUACGCACAGCCUUUCGUUUGGCGGUCGCCGUCGCCGUGACGUCUUUUUGCUACAAAGUGUGUGUUGAAAAUCGAAAUCAGUUUCUUGAAAUCAGUUUCUAAACCAAUGUUAAAGUGUAUCCAACUAAUAACAAUGUUGUUAAGUGAUCGUGAGCACGUAGCUCAUAUAAAAAACAAUAAAAUAAAUUAAACUAGUAAAGGAAAAGCAGCAAAGAUAGCUAACGAAAAAUAUACACAAAAAAGUGUUAUUGAGAUAAAAAGAGUGAAAAACAUUAUCAUAGUUGCUUCUAUCGAGUAUAAGUAAAAGUGUAAAGAGCGGAAAAAGUGGCCACCGCCUUGAUAUCGAGCUAUACUGGUGGUGGUGUGUGCGGCGGAAGCAUCAUCGGUCACGGCGAGCCCCCGGCACCCGGUGUCAUCGGUGCGCGGACGGACGGACGGGACACCGCAUCCAAGAUUCGUCUGAAAGCUGGAAAGGCACGGCAGGGCAGCGUCGAGGACGGUUGCGGCAAAAUUAUGAUCGAUAUCAAAAGCUCGCCCGAUUAUCUGAAUCGGUCCUCCGGUGGAUCAUUCGGUAACUUUUCAAUGUUAUUUGCUGACUCUUCGUACAAAUCGUCAUGGGGCUCACACAGCUCGUCCCAGAGUCAAGAUCCAUAUCAGAUGUUCGGUCCCACCAGCAGUCGAUUAGCGAGCUCGGGUUCUGGACAGAUACAGUUAUGGCAGUUUCUGCUCGAGCUGCUCAGCGAUUCUACCAACGCCACCUGCAUCACCUGGGAGGGUACGAACGGCGAGUUCAAGCUGACCGAUCCGGACGAGGUGGCCAGACGCUGGGGUGAGCGAAAGUCAAAACCGAACAUGAACUACGACAAGCUCAGCCGGGCACUAAGAUAUUACUACGAUAAGAACAUUAUGACGAAGGUGCACGGCAAGCGUUACGCCUACAAGUUCGACUUCCAGGGUUUGGCCGCCGCGACCCAGCCCCAGACGGAUCCGACCUACAAGUACCAGAGCGACCUGUUCAUGUCGCCGUACCAUCACGGGGCCAAGCUGAGCUCGUUCAUGAGCCCCCACCAUAGCAUGACGUCAUCUUCCGCCUCCAUCUUCCCGUCGGCCGCCAGCUGGGGUAACUGGGGCAGCCCGGCAACGAACCUGUAUCCCUCCCACACGAUGAGCCACGUGACGCCGUCGCAUGUCGCGCCCCAUCUGGGCUCGUAUCCGCACUACGCAUGACCAACGCCCACGACCACGUCCUCCAGCCACCAUCACCACCAUCACGCCCAGGUCGACAACUUCGACCUGUACAAGAAGCUGACACCGUACGAAUAAUAGCAUCCGCUAAUCCCGCAACAGCAGCACCAGCAGCACCAGCCACACCAUCACUCGCACCAGCAGCAGCAGCCGCAUCACCAUCAACAACAUCAUCAGCAACAUCCACUGCAUCCACACCAUCAUCCGGAGCUGUUCUAUCAGCACGAGCUGACCGGAUAUCCUCGGAAGCAGAUAGCGGGUGGCUCGCUGGCCUCACCGGCAACAGCCGAGGUGCAGCAGCUGUUGCGGCGGACGGUAACGAUGCGGCCAGAUGACGAUGGUGACCCCGGUGGCCAGGUGGGCGUGUUUCGUGGCCCAACAGCAACCACAGCGACAGCAACCAGUGACCCUACCGGGACGACUACUAGCAACGGUACGGCCACUACCACUCUCGCCACUAUCACUACUACCCAGUUAGAUAAAUGUAUUUUAGACUAUCUAAGAAAUGUCUCAACUUUUAAAUGAACCGCAUCGGGGAGACUCCUUCGACCCAGCAGCGAUGGGUGGGUGUAUUUUUAAAAAAAGGAAAGGAUGAAACCAAACCACAACAACCGAACCGAUCAGUGUAUAAUUAGCAAUAUAUCUUGUUGUAAUGUAAACUGCUGCUGGACAAGCGCAAACUUUCCCUCCCUGCCAUGCGGUGGGGCGGAGGGAGUUUGGAGCUUCCUGUCACAAAGCGAAAGCACACACUCAUACACAUAUAAACGUUAAAUAGAUAAAGCUAAACGGGGGACGCGGCCAAUCCAAAAUCGCCCACUAAAUCACGAUGUAUAGCAGCAGUAAUCUAGUCACGGCGUGCGGCUGAUUGUGUGCCGUCGGUUACCUUCGCCCGCGGGUGCGCAGUAUUUAAGAAACGAAAUUUCAAAACCCUCCCCCGUCUCCUUCCCUGUAUAGUAUUAAGGGUUAGCCAUUGUUUUGCUAAAAAGUCAUUGUGCGAGCAAGACGGAGAAGACGAACGUACCACUUCUCGCAAAACUGUUCCCACCAGAAACCGUGAACCAUUAUUAAACAACCAAAAAAAACGUUCCAAAGCAAUCCAAAGAGGUAGAGAGAGGCGUUUUUUGCGGAAGCUCUUUUUCCCUUUUUAUCUCGUUUCUGUUGUUUUGCCAUAUUGUUGUACAUAUGCAUUAUUCGAUCGAUAGCGUAUUGUAAGUGCUUUAGUUUUGAUUGAGUCAACUUAUUUAAGCUCCUCCGGGUUGGAAGGAGAUCGAGAACAACAGUGAACAACAGGAUCGAACUAACAAGCAUCUAGUCUGUCUGUCUGUCGGUGCAAUCGUUUGCCGGAGUGAGUUGUGUAUGUAUUAAACGAGAUGAUAAGAAUGUAUGAAAAUUUAAGAAAAAAAACAAAGCAGAAAGCGUAAAUUGUGAAAACUAUCUCUUUUGAAAAUAAUUUGCUACCAAAUAGAAACAAAUCAGGAAAGAAACCAACUAUCAGAACAAAGUAUCAAACAGCUCACACACAAAUCAAUUAAAAAGACAAAAACAAACCAAAAAGACACAUACAACAACACCCGGCAAACGAAGCGUGGAAGCGGCGCAAAAACAAAAGCAAAUAUUUAUACAUAUAAAGACUGUGAUAGUUAACGACACUUGUUAAAAAAAAGUUUUGUUCUUGCAAACAAUUUUUACUCGAGCGAACGAAACCACGGAGCUGCGUGAGGUAAAACUAGGGGAGAACACUAACAGGAGCAACUCAAGAAUGCGAGGGUAAUAUAAUAAAGGGAAACACUUCUACUCCUACGAUACGAUCAAGAUUCGUUUCCGUUUUACCCUGUUUUGAGUACUUUAAACUUUCGUUUUAAAUGGAACAAAAUUCUUAUAGUAACUAAACAAUACUAGAGCAAGUAUAUGCGCAACGUAUCCUUACGGAUCAUUCCACUCAGCAAAGAGUAAAGAGUAUUUAUAUAUGUAUGUAUGUUGUAAGUGUAAAUAAUCUGUGUACCGUAACCUAUCGAUGUGUACCAUAUAUUUGAGCCUAGUCAACGGGGGAAGUAAGAAGGGUAGUAAAAGAAAAACACAGAAAGCAAAUCCAAAAACAGAGUGUAUUAUGGAACGGUCAAGGAUAUUGGAGAGUCUGACAUUCCUCCCCGCACAGCAGCUCAUACGAUCGCGUUUGAUCGAUUUCGGUUGAUGAAAAUCACGUGUCCUGUACGAUCGAUCUUGUGUAAAGGAUCGUCUCGUGUUUUGUUUGUACAUAAAGAAUGAGGGAAAACACACCACUUACCGCUUUACCGUAAUGAUUGGUCGUCGUCACGCGUCUAGUCAAUGUGGGGGAUGGAAGGUUAGCAGACUCUUCGCAACAACAGCAACAACAAAACACAGAUCAAUGUCGUACGUAAAUGUGUAUGUGUGUGUUUUUUGAACAAAACUCAACUACAACUACAACAAAAAGGCUUCAGAAAGCUAAGAAAGACAGUAAUAAAGGGUAUUAAGCGUAUCAAAACCCUCAAACAUGGUGGAGAUGUUCAUACUACGAACCGAAAGCAAAAGAAUCAAUUUACCGAUCGGAUUUUGGUGAUUAUCCAGAACAGUGUAGAGAGAGGAGGGGAAGAGUCUAUAGUUGUGUAUCUUCUAAUAUGUAUGUGUGUGUGUUUGUGUAUGUAAAAUCUAAGUUCAAUCAACCGUCUUCAUAUUCAAUGCGCAAACGGGCAACUACAACCCUCAAGGCGAUACGCAAAAGGAGACGGCGCAACCUUGUACAUUCAAUCUCGCUCGCUCGUUCGGCUGAGCGCGAAACAAAACAAACCAACCAAACCAACCAACCAAA